AUGGCUGCUGCUACCGCCACCGCUUCUGGCUCCGCGUCGCAGCCCCUCGUCACCAGCUGGUCGUCUCGAUAUCGCGGGGCCACCAUCCAAGACCUCGACCCUCCCGCCGCCCUCUCCCUCAACCCCUCCGACUCCAUCUCCCUCGCCCUCCUCUCUGCGUUCGAGCGCGACUACACUCACCUGACUAUCGUCGACUCUAAUACCCGCGCCCUGCUGGGAUACCUCUCUAUCCCGCAUCUGCAGUCGCUGCUCGACAGCGGCAAGGUCAAGCCCGAGGACCAGCUCACCGCCGCCAUGACACGCUUCCAGCGCCGCGGCCGCACCUACCGUGUCAUUACAAUGGAGACGCCCCUCGAGGAUCUUGAGGACUUCUUCCGCGGCGGCCAACCCGAUGGUGCCCCCUGGAAGCAGGAGUUUGCCGUCAUCACCGACGAGAAGAGGAGGUUUGUCCUUGGCGUGGCCACCGUCCAGGACUUGGAGGAGUUUGCCAAGCGGAGGCCGGCUUGA